AGAAUGGGUGACGGAAGUGAAUGUGCUCGGGGUGGUGGAGCACGAUAACCUCGUAAAACUAGUUGGGUAUUGUGCAGAGGAUGAUGAGAGGGGAAUCCAGCGUCUUCUUGUAUAUGAAUAUAUGCCUAAUGGAAGUGUGGAAUACCAUUUGUCAGCCAGAUCACAAACACCUCUCUCCUGGGCUAUGCGGUUGAAAAUAGCCCAAGAUGCUGCUUCUGGCUUAACUUAUCUGCAUGAGGGAAUGAAUUUUCAGAUUAUUUUCAGAGACUUCAAAUCAUCAAACAUACUCUUAGAUGAACAAUGGAAUGCAAAGCUCUCAGACUUCGGGUUAGCUAGGCUUGGCCCUCAAGAAGGACGGACUCAUGUCUCAACUGCAGUGGUUGGAACAAUGGGAUAUGCCUCUCCUGAAUAUAUCCAAACCGGUCGGCUCACAUCCAAGAACGACACGUGGAGCUAUGGAGUUUUUCUGUAUGAACUCAUCACAGGGAGACUUCCUUUGGAACGGAACCGUCCCAAGAAUGAACAGAAACUCUUAGAAUGGGUAAAACCGUAUUUGUCAGACUCCAAGAAGUUUCGGAUGAUAAUAGACCCGAGGCUUGAGGGCAACAUCGUAAAGUCCGCUCACAAGCUCUCUCUCAUUGCCAACCGUUGCUUGGUCAGACAAGCAAAAUCACGACCAAAGAUGAGUGAAGUUCUGGAAAUGGUAAACAAGGUUGCAGAAGAAGCAGCAUCCAUGGGAAUGAUGAACCCACACCCGCCUUUAGUUCCUCUUUCGGAGCCAGUUUCAACAAAAGAGGAAACUGAUAGAAAAUGUAAAUGAAAGAUAUAUGUCAACACUCAUGCAACCAAGUGGAAAUUAUUUCAACAGCUAUGAAGUUUGGGAAUAAAUUAUUAACACGAUACAUUAUUUAUUAAUGACUCAGUGAUAUGAUGACUAGGUACGGAAAGAAACUUUUCACACUCCAUAUUAUGAAUGCGCGCGCUGUUAUUACACAGGCGCUAUAUUAUGAAUGUUUUGCGGCUUUGCUGAUUGGAGCUGCAAAUGGAUUUCAGCGAGCUUUCCUUUUUGGACUACAAGUAAGUAAUAAGCAGUGUUGUAAAGUGAUGAGGAUUGGCUAGACCAUGCAUGCAUGAUAGAGUACAUUGUAAGCACUGCAUCUUGAAAUGAAAAUUUGUGUGUGCA